GACCUCUGCCAGGUCACGAUCGGUCUUUAUGUGAUCGUGAAUGUUUCUGAUCUGUUUUGUUGAAUGUUACAGACCUCCGUAAAACUAAUUAAUAGCUUUUGAGCAAUCAUUAUCUACUAUGCAUUACUACCUUACUUCCUCGUUUGAGUCAUGACAGAAAUGAAUUCCUCUCCAAACAGUUUUGAAAGAUCAAGUUCCUCAAAAUGUGUCGAUAUGCUCAAACAGGCACUUCCCAAACUUAUCCCAUUUUUCAAGACAUUCUGCAUUUACUUCAUACUAUGGCUGCCAGAAGCAAAGAAUCCUUCAAUACUGGGGGCUGUAAUAAAGAUCUUACCCAUCAUAAGCCUGUGUGGUUUUGUCAUCAUGCAAGGACUGCACUUCCAUGACUAUAACAGCUGCAUACUUCUUGGCCUUAUCUUCUCCAUGUUUGGUGACAUAUUUAUUGUUUGGGAACAUACCCAUUUCCAAUUUGGUGUCAUCUCUUUUGGAAUUGCCCAUCUUUGCUAUGCCUCAGCAUUUGGUUUCAGACCAUUUAAUCCAUUAGUUUUAAUAGGCCUUUUGAUCCUUACCCUAAACACUUAUUCCUUGUACUUUCCAAACCUCGAUGGCUCCUUCGUAGGAACAGUGGCUGGAUAUAUGCUGAUGAUAACUGUUAUGAUCUGGAGAGCAAUCACUGGUCUUCAGAUUUCUUUCUGUAGCCAAGCCGGGCAAUGGACCAAACUUUGUGCUUGUGUUGGAGCUAUUUCAUUUGGUUUUUCAGAUUUUAUUCUUGGUGUAAACAAGUGGCAUUUUCCAAUCCCUUAUGCCCGCGCUAUUGUCAUGGUGACUUACUAUAAUGCACAGUUAGGCAUUGCUUUGUCUUGUUUUACGCCUAGCCAGGUAAAAUUAUCAAAAGCCAAGGAAUAGGAUUUUAGUUGAGAUUCCUUCAAAGGUAGUUUAUGUGGCCAUGAAAGAAAGUCAUGAUACAGUAGAACAUGUCUAACUUGAACUUGGUUUACUCCACCCUCCCACCCCCCUAUAACUCAACAAAAUUCAAUUACCCUUGACCUAAUUUUUUCAGUCAAUUACUAUCAGCUAUCUUCAGUUGGUAACUUGGAUCAUUUUUUCCCCAAGGGAGUUUGAGUUAGCAAGGUUCUGGUGUAUUUUUAAAAGAUAAAGGGAGGUUUGUCACCAUGGUUUGGGUUUCUUUUUUGAGGAUUUUUUAAAAAUUAUUUAUUGAUAGAAGGAAAUUAUUUUAAUAAAUAUAAACCUGCAAAGGAGCAAGAAUACACUAAACAGGAACAAAGUUGGCUAACAGUGUAAAUAUUAUCAUUGAUUCCAAUUAACCCUCUUGAUUAAACUUUUUCAUGCCUACUAUGUAAAUUAAUUUUACAUAAUUCAUCAUACAUCAUGGAAUAAAAUUUUGUUCCAACAUGCAUUUUAAGCUUCAGCUCUUCUUGUCAAUGCCAUGCUCUCACAUAGGGCUAUUAUGAUUGAAACAUACAGUCAACUCUUGCCUUAAAGUGCAUCACACUUAUGGAC